AUGGUACCAGAAAACCAGGGAAAACAUGUGAUGGAAAUACCGGUGAAGAAGCGCGCUGACCUGUCGCUGCACCAGCUGGCGCACGGGGUCAGCGCCAUCGUGACCCGGCAGGGGGCCGUGGUGGCCGGACCGCCUGUGUCCAGCGCCCUACAGGCCGGGCCGCAGUUCCGCCCCGGCGGGGCAGGCAGCAGAGAGCAGGACCUGGUCAACUGGCACUGCUUCUUCAACGCCGUCUCCUGCUUCAGGAAGCGGCGGAGCGACCCGAUGAUGGCCGGCAUCGGUCCAGGACAUCGGGCUCGAGACAGCGCCAUCACUGGCAGCAAGGUCUUCAACAAGGGCAGCGGCAUGGCCAGCUUCAGCGGAGGCAGGGACUUCGGCGGCACCCGCGGCUUCUUCGUCGUUGCUGCCCUGGUGGCCGUGGCUGCCGCCGCCCCCUCCACCCCCUACAGCCCACGGCCGGCCUACCACCCGGCCCCGGCCUACCACCAGCCGUCCUACAAGGAGCCCGCUCAGCCGUACCAGUUCGACUACGCCGUCAACGACCACUACUCGGGCGCCGUCUUCUCGCAGAACGAGAACAGCGACGCUAGCAACGUCAACGGCUACUACUCGGUCAACCUGCCCGACGGCCGUGUGCAGACGGUCAAGUACGUGGCUGACCAGCAGGGCUACGGAGGCUACAACGCCGAGGUGACCUACGAGGGCGAGGCCCGCUACGACGAGUACAAGCCCAGCUACAAGCCCAGCUACAAGCCCGCUUCGUACGCCGCUCCGUCUUAUAAGCCCGCCUACCAGCCCGCUUACAAGCCCGCCUACCAGCCCUCCUACAAGCCCGCCUACCAGCCCGCCUACAAGCCUGCUUACAACUAAGUGAUUCCUUUCUUAUUGCUUCACAGUGUUAUUUAUGCCAUAUGAUUCAACGAAUGAUUGAUCGUAUGCGUGAUUUGCUGGUGAAAAGAGAAAUAUAUUUUUGAUUUUGAA